AUGAUGUUGCAUGAUGGUUAUAGGUAUUCGCAUUUACUUCCGAGGGAUGAUGAAGCAUUUGAGCACUAUAGUGCUUUUUCUGCCAAGAGACUUGAUGAGGCUAACAAGAUUGGUAAGAUAAAUCUUGCAGCCACUGGGAAGGAUCUCAUGGAAGACGAAAAACAGGGAGAUGUGUCUAUAGAUCUCUUUGCUGCCUUGGACUUGGAAACAGAUGCUGUAGCUGAGCGUCUUCCAGAGUUGGAGAAUAAUCAAAGUUUGGGCUUGCUUUCUGGAUUCCUUUCUGUGGAGGAUUGGUAUCAUGCCAAUAUAUUGUUCGAGCGACUUUCAUCUCUUAAUCCAGUGGCACAUCUUCAAAUCUGUGAUGGCUUGUUCAGGCUCAUUGAGAAAACGAUCUUUCCAGCAUAUAGUGUUGUUAGGAAAAUGCAUUUUCAUAGUCUCGGGUUUACACCUCCCACUAGCGGGGAUGCUAUGGAUACAACAGACUCAUUGGUCCGUAGGUCCUUCAUUGAUCUUCCUAAAGAACUAUUCCAGAUGCUUGCUUGUGCUGGGCCGUACCUCUACCGGGACACCAUAUUAUUGCAGAAGGUUUGUCGAGUUUUGAGAGUAUAUUUACUGUCUGCUCUGGACCUUGUAACUAGUGAUGAUGGGGUAAAUGUUGAAUUUGUCAAUGGGGAAAGUAAAGCUCCUCGCCUCCACCUAAAGGAAGCUAGGCUAAGAGUUGAGGAAGCUUUGGGAACUUGCCUCCUACCUUCUUUACAGCUGGUGCCCGCAAAUCCUGCUGUUGGGCAGGAGAUUUGGGAAGUAAUGAGUCUUCUUCCGUACGAGGUGCGGUAUCGGUUAUAUGGUGAAUGGGAAAAAGAAGAUGAACGGAUGCCUAUGAUUUUAGCUGCAAGACAAACGGCUAAGUUGGAUACCAGAAGGAUCCUGAAACGUCUUGCAAAGGAGAACUUGAAGCAACUAGGUCGGAUGGUGGCCAAACUAGCACAUGCUAAUCCCAUGACCGUCCUCCGAACAAUUGUACAUCAGAUUGAGGCGUACAGGGACAUGAUUGCUCCAGUAGUUGAUGCAUUCAAGUAUCUCACACAGCUCGAAUAUGACAUCUUGGAAUAUGUGGUUAUUGAGCGAUUAGCUCAAGGGGGUCGGGAGAAGCUAAAAGAUGAUGGCCUCAAUCUGUCAGACUGGCUCCAAUCUUUGGCUUCCUUUUGGGGUCACCUGUGCAAAAAGUAUCCGUCAAUGGAAUUGAGAGGCCUUUUCCAGUAUCUUGUAAACCAGUUAAAGAGAGGUCAAGGUAUUGAGCUCGUUGUGCUGCAGGAGCUUAUUCAGCAAAUGGCAAAUGUCCAGUACACGGAAAAUCUGACAGAGGAACAGUUGGAUGCAAUGGCCGGCAGUGAAACUUUACGCCAUCAGGCUACUACUUAUGGAUUGACUCGGAACAACAAGGCACUGAUCAAAUCGACUAACAGGCUGAGAGAUUCCUUGCUUCCAAAGGAUGAUCCCAAGUUGGCAGUCCCACUUUUAUUGCUUAUUGCUCAACAUCGAUCUCUGGUUGUCAUAAAUGCCGAAGCACCCUACGUUAAGAUGGUCAGUGAGCAAUUUGAUAGGUGUCAUGGGACCCUUCUUCAAUAUGUUGAAUUUCUGUGCAGCUCAGUGACACCAGCCACUGCUUAUGCCCAACUGAUCCCCUCACUAGAUGAUCUUGUUCAUCUGUAUCACCUUGAGCCUGAGGUUGCUUUCUUGAUAUAUCGUCCGGUAAUGAGGAUCUUCAAGUGUCAGGGCAGGUCUGAAGUCUGCUGGCCUUUGGAUAUCAAGGAACCUAUAGGCUCAGAUUCCGAGUCAGAAGACAAUCCUUGCAAAUUGGUUCUCGAUCUUGGUUCUCCAAAGAAGCCUAUAAUGUGGUCAGAUCUUCUGGCAACUGCUAAAACAAUGUUGCCUGCUAAAGCUUGGAAUAGCUUGUCACCGGAUCUCUAUGCCACAUUUUGGGGUCUCACGUUGUAUGAUCUGUAUGUUCCUCGAACUCGUUAUGAGUCUGAGAUCGCCAAGCAACAUGCUGCGCUUAAAGUUCUUGAGGAACUCUCUGAUACCUCAAGUUCUGCUAUUACUAAGAGGAAGAAAGACAAGGAAAGAAUUCAGGAAGCACUUGAUAGGCUGAUGAGUGAGCUUUAUAAGCAUGAAGAGAAUGUUGCUUCUGUUCGUGCACGCCUUUCUCGGGAGAAAGACAAGUGGUUGAGUUCAUGUCCGGAUACUCUAAAGAUCAACAUGGAGUUCCUUCAACGUUGUAUAUUUCCGAGAUGCACUUUUAGCAUGCCUGAUGCUGUUUACUGUGCCAUGUUUGUGAAUACUCUUCAUUCGCUGGGGACCCCCUUCUUUAACACAGUGAAUCACAUUGAUGUCUUAAUAUGCAAGACACUACAACCCAUGAUCUGCUGCUGUACUGAGUAUGAAGUUGGCAGACUAGGGAGGUUUUUAUAUGAGACACUGAAGACUGCAUAUUACUGGAAGAGUGAUGAGUCUAUAUAUGAAAGAGAGUGCGGGAACAUGCCAGGAUUUGCUGUAUAUUAUAGAUAUCCAAACAGCCAACGUGUUACUUAUGGCCAAUUUAUAAAGGUGCAUUGGAAAUGGAGUCAGAGGAUCACAAAGUUAUUGAUUGCUUGCUUGGAAUCAAGUGAAUACAUGGAAAUUCGAAAUGCCCUUAUCAUGCUGACAAAAAUUUCUGGUGUCUUCCCAGUUACUCGGAAAACUGGGAUUAACCUUGAAAAGCGGGUGGCCAAAAUUAAAGGCGAUGAGAGAGAAGAUCUCAAAGUGUUGGCAACAGGUGUGGCUGCUGCUUUGGCAGCUAGAAAGCCCUUCUGGGUUACGGAUGAAGAAUUUGGGAUGGGUUAUUUGGACUUAAAGCCCUCUUCAUCUCUUGCGACAAAGUCUGUGGCUGCUAAUACGACUAAUGGCUCUGCUGUUAGUGUUACUCAAAGUGAUUCUGGAAGAGUAGCACAGCAAGUGCCUGAUUCUGGGACUUCUGCCAAAGAACAGACGUCAAGGACGAAACUUGCAGAUGCCAAACAUGAGAAAUCAGAUAACCUUUUACAUUCCAAAUCUGAUCCUGGAUCUACCAAGGCUAGAGGUGGGUCUUUAGUUAAUGGAUCUAAUGUUCAGAUAUCUGCUACUUCUGCUGUACAAGCUGGAGGGUCAAAUCAGAGGCACGUGGAAGAUUCUGCUCCAAAGGACACUGCUGAAACUGAGGUUAAACCUUCAAAUAGACGGUCCAUUCCUGCUGGAUCUGUAGGCAAACCGAUGAAACAAGACUCUGCCAAAGAUGAGGGCAGAUCUGGGAAAGCUGCCUCUAGGACUUCUGCUACUGCUCAGAUCUCAGAGAGCAGGCAAGGUGGGGUCAGUAAUGUUUCCACUGCUUCUGCUGUCAACGGUGGCACGGGUAAAGGUUCGACUUCAUCUCUGAGAGCAGCCAUAGAUUCGCAAAGUGUUGAAACGAAGGCUGAGAAUAAUUCCAAGACAUCUGAUGUUAAAGCUCCUGCAGCUAAAGAUGAUGGAAGCGAUAAUCUGGAUGUGGUGAGACCUACUGGGCCAAGGCGCGAUCCUUCUCCAUCAGCUUCAAAGUUAAGCGAGAAGCUUCAGAAGAGAAGCAGCCCAGCUGAUGAAGCUGAUAGGGUGAGCAAACGUAGGAAGGGGGACUCUGAUUCCAGAGAUACUGAGGGUGAAGUUCGAGUCUCCGACAGGGAGAGAUUGAUGGAUGUUCGACUGUCUGAUGCCGAUAGAAUGGCGAAUGAUGAGCAGAAUAUGCAAAGAGCAUCAGAUAAGGCUUUGGAUAGGUUGAAAGAUAAAGGUGUUGAUAGACAUGAUAGGGAUUAUAGGGAAAGAAUGGAAAGAGAUGUGGCUGAGAAAUCAAGGGAUAAGUCAAUGGAGAGGUAUGGGAGAGAGCGUUCUGUUGAGAGAGGAAAAGGUCGUGAUGAGGCUAAGGAUGAGAGAAGUAAAGAUGAGAGGAGCAAAUUACGUCAUGGUGAAUCUAUGGGGGAUAAGUCUUAUAGUGAUGACCGGUUUCAUGGGCAAAGCCUUCCGCCUCCACCCCCCUUGCCACCUCACAUGGUUCCUCAAUCUGUUCCUGCUAGUAGAAGAGAAAAUGAAAAUGCCGAUGGAAGGUUUGGGACUACCCGGCACAGUCAAAGGCUUUCACCGAGACAUGAGGAGAGAGAAAGGAGACGAUCUGAAGAGAACACUGUGCCUCUGGAUGAUACAAAACGAAGAAGAGAUGAUGACUUUCGGGAUAGAAAACGAGAAGAACGGGAAGCUCUACCUUUGAAGGUGGAUGAGAGGGAUAAGGAAAGAGAGAGGGAAAGAGAGAAAGCAAAUCUCUUGAAGGAGGAUAUGGAGGUGGCAGCUGCAGCAGCUAAAAGGCGGAAACUCAAAAGAGAGCAUUUAUCAUCCGCCGAGCCAGGGGAAUACUCACCCGGGGCCCCCCCUCCCCUAUCUAUUAGUCUAUCGCAGUCAUACGACGGGAGAGGAGAGAGAGAUCGAAAAGGUGCAAUGGCCCCACGCCCAGCUUACUUGGAAGAACCAGGCCCACGGAUCCAUAGUAAAGAUAUGCCUGCAAAGAUUGCCCGUCGCGAUGCUGAUCCAAUGUAUGACAGAGAAUGGGAAGAGGAAAAGCGACAGAGAGCGGAGCAGAAGCGGAGGCAUCGCAAGUAGUAGAAGAAGAUAUUUUAUAUUCAAGUCUUUAUAUGCUCAGAUCUGCAGCAAAUUUGGCCCUGGAACAUACUCUUUGAGGAGCCUUUGAAUGAUGUAUUACUACUGCUGGGGUCCGAUGGCAUUUGCGUUUUGCUAGAUACUGAUGAACUGUUAUGUUAAAUCUCGUAACACAUCCAUCCAACUGCUGUUGCUAAGUUUCUCUAUGUAUCAUAUAUAUCUUUUUUUCGGCGUAAUUGAUGUAGCAGCACAUUUUGUAAAUGAUUGAGGUUAGGAUAGUUUUGAGUUUGCAACUGCA